CACACUCUACUUUGUCUUCUGCUAAUAUACAGUUAUAAAUAACAGAAGUCAAUUUUGUUUUUCAUUUAUUUUUGUUCGCUUUGACUUCAUUUCACUAGAAUGUAAACGCUUGUGUCCCGCGCCUCAUUACGUUCCUCAAAGCGCUAUAAAGUCCCUCGCGCAGCACCGGCUGAGAAACAGCGGGGUUACCUUCAACUCGUGUCCACUCACGUGCCGCUACAGGUAAGGAUGAAGUUUGAGAACAUCCUGGCCGAGACAGAUGGGUUUGGGCGCUACCAGAUUGCCAUAAUUACCCUACUGGUGUUUUCGCGGAUCAGCCUCCCAGGUCACUUCCUGUUAAACAACUUUAUCGCCGCCAUUCCAUCACACCACUGUGCCAUCACAUCUCUGGAAAACGAAGGGGUUUUUGGGAAUCUGACAAAGGAGCAAAGACUGACUGUCAGCAUUCCAAAACAGGAAGAGGGGACCUUUGCUUCCUGUCACAUGUUCCCAGAGCCCCAGUUCCACCUGCUGACUAGCUCAUCUAACACCUCAGCACUCCCUGUGAUCCAGUGUCAGAAUGGAUGGGAGUACGACCACAGCACAUUCAGGUCCACUUUAGUCACCCAGUUUGAUCUAGUUUGUCAAACAAAGGGACUAACCAAAGUAUCCGCCUCCAUUUUCUUUGCUGGCAUCAUGUUUGGGGCUGCAUUCUAUGGUAUCCUGUGUGACAAGUAUGGACGGAAGACAAUGCUCCUUGUCUCGAUCGUGUCGGCACUGGUCUUCAGCAUAGCCAGCAUCAUCUCGACCAACUUCAGCUUGUUUAUGGCCUUCCGCUUCCUCACUGGAAUCAGCAUAAUAUCCAUUGUUCUCAGUCUUGAGUGGGUGGACACUGAGCAUCGCACAUUCAUAGCAGUGUUUGGUAGUGUCACCUGGACACUUGGAAAUUUGAUGCUGGCUGGCAUCGCUUACGUGAUCACUGAUUGGAGGAUGCUGAUCGUCACAGUAACAGCUCCCCUGGCAUUGGCUGUAGCCACCUGGGGGUGGGUCCCUGAGUCGGCACGGUGGCUCAUCGUCAAUGGGAGGAUAGAGGCGGCAUACAGGUACCUGCAGACAUGUGCCAGGUUUAACGGGAGACAAGACUUCACAGCUAGGAUCAAACCUGAGACUCUGUUUGCUGUAACAUCAGGUCAACUGGGUCAUAAUUAUACCUACUUAGAUCUCAUCAAAACUCCAUGCUUAAGGAGACUAACCAUUAUAACUGGCAUCAUAUGGUACGGCGUGGCCUCCACGUACUAUGGCAUCAGUUUGAACGUCACAGGGUUUGGCCUGAGCCUCCACAUGACUCACUUCAUCUAUGCCACCGUCGAGCUGCCUGCCAAGGUCCUCAUCUACUUCAGUCUGGAGAAGCUGGGGCGUCAGCUGAGCCAGGUGGGCACACUGGUGCUCACGGGAGUCUGCCUCAUCAUCAAUAUCAUCCUGCCUAAAGAUUACUGGAUGUUUCGCACAAGUGUUGCAGUCUUGGGUAAAGGGCUGUCAGAAGCCUCAUUCACCACUGUGUUCCUGUACACGACAGAGCUCUUCCCAACUGUUCUGAGACAGAGUGGCUUGGGCUAUUCCAGUUUUGUGGCCCGCCUGGGGGCGUGUAUCUCCCCUCUCAUUAUGCUAUUGGAGGAGGCAUGGCUUCCCCUCCCCCAGGUGGUCUUUGGGACAGUGGCGGUCGGCUCAGGAUUGGUGGCCUUCCUUCUGCCAGAGACCAAUCAGGCUCAACUCCCCGAGACCAUUGCGAACAUUGAGCAGGAGAGAAAGAGAUCAACCUGCAUCACCACACUGGAACAGGGUGAACUUCCACUGAAGUGCAAUGACGACUGAAGACAAUGUCCCAUACACACACACACACACACACACACACACACACACAGAUCUUAGUUUCAGCUUUGUCCUCUUAAUUUUAAACAAUCAAUAAAAUUUGAUAAUGUCU